GCCGACGAGUACGCCAAGCUGGUGCCCCCCGCGGUAGCCGGCGAGGCCUCCCUGCACUGCGUGCUGCUGUGCCGUGUUGUGGGCGGGCGCGUGUGCGAGUGCACCACGGACAGAAUCGAUGCCGAAGCACUGCGGACGCAGGCGCGACGGUCGCCCUCGCCGCCCUCGCGGCCUCCGUGCAGGUCCUGCACGGCCGCCACCACUCCGUGCUCGGGGACCGCGUCCGGCACCUGGGGAAGCCCUUUCGGGAGGUCGUCAUCCACGACAGCGACCAGGUGUACCCCGAGUACCUCCUGAUGUACUCGCGCGACUUCGUGAGGCGGCCCGCGACGGCCUCGCGGACAGCCUCGGGUUCUGGCCCGUGAGCCGCGGCCACGCCCGAGCCUGAGGCCAAGGCAGCCCUGUAGGAUUCUGGCGGCACCUCCUCAUCGCUGGGUGUAGCUCGACCCUCGUGGCAUGGCCAAGAGGCUCC